AUGAAUACCAUUGCCAGUCAAUUCAACAAUAACAAUAGGAAUCAUGUUCAUCAUGAGAUCAAUGAAUCCAACGGAGGCUAUGGAGGUGUUGAUAAAUUAGAAUUAACACCAACUAUGACAUUACCUCCAAUUUCACAACCCACAGAUUUCUUGAGAGCUCACACUGAUGAUGCAACUAAUCCUGAUUGUAAGAUAAAAAUUGCCCAUGGUACCACAACUUUGGCCUUUAGAUAUAAGAAGGGAAUUGUUAUUGCUGUAGAUUCCAGAGCAUCCCAAGGAAAUUGGACCGCUUCACAAACUGUUCAUAAAGUUAUUAGAAUUAAUCCCAUGUUAUUAGGUACCAUGGCAGGAGGUGCUGCUGAUUGUCAAUAUUGGGAAACUUGGUUAGGUACUCAAUGUAGAUUACACGAAUUAAGAGAAAAGGAAAGAAUUUCUGUUGCUGCAGCUUCAAAGAUUUUAAGUAAUUUGAUUUACGAAUAUAAAGGUAUGGGAUUAUCAAUGGGUACAAUGAUUUGUGGAUUCACUAAAAAGGAAGGACCAACAGUCUAUUAUGUUGAUAGUGAUGGUACAAGAUUGAAAGGAGAUUUAUUCUGUGUUGGAUCUGGUCAAACAUUCGCUUAUGGGGUUUUAGAUUCAGAAUAUAAAUGGGAUUUAACUGAAGAAGAAGCUUUAUAUUUAGGUAAAAGAAGUAUUUUAGCUGCUGCCCAUAGAGAUGCUUAUUCUGGUGGUACUGUUAAUUUAUAUCAUAUUACUGAAGAAGGUUGGACUUAUCAUGGUAAUUAUGAUGUUGGUGAUUUAUUCUGGGAAGUUAAAAGUCAAGAAAAAUCAUUUAAUAAUGUUGAUGGUUAA